AUGAACCGAGCUUCUGUUUACUCUCCCUAUCAAACCAGAAUACCAAUUUUUAGCAUCAAUUUUGUAUCAACAAUCUCAACUCUCUCCUCCUCUUCCUCUUCUCUACAGACCAUCCCGGACUCUCACUCCACAUCAAUUUCAAACCCCCUUUACCGGUUUCUCCCCCAAACCCAAAACCCCAACAAUAUAGUCAAUAUCAUCUGCUCAGCCCUGAAGCAACAAAGCCACCACCAUCUUUCCCAUCUUCAAAAUGACCUCAAACCCCUUCUUCCCCAUCUAGGUGGUCAAGAAAUCUCAAGGGUUCUGCUCAGGUUCCAAUCCGAGUACUCCUCAGCUCUUAUUUUCUUCAACUGGGUCAAGACUGGUUUGGGCCUCAGGCUCACCACCCAGAACUAUUGCAUUGCUCUUCAUAUUCUAGCUUGUUCUCAAAAGUUUCCCCAGGCUAUGACAUUGUUAUGUGAAUUGAUACAGCUGGUUAGGGAUGGAGAUGCUGCACAGAAAGAUGACAUUUUUCAUAGUUUGGUUGUUUGUGCUGAAGAUUGUAACUGGGAUCCAGUUAUCUUUGAUAUGCUCAUCAAGGCUUAUGUGAAAGCAGGUAUGAUUAGAGAUGGUUUUAUCUGUUUUAAGCAGACAUUAGAAGUUGGAUUUGUUCUGAGUGUGAUCGCUUGCAAUUGUCUUAUGAAUGGGUUAGCGAGGUUGAAUUGUUUAGAUCAGUGUUGGGAGGUAUAUGAAGAUAUGGGAAGGAUUGGAAUACACCCAAAUGUGUAUACUUUUAAUAUUUUGACUAAUGUUUUGUGCAAGGAUGGAGAUGUUGAGAAAGUGAAUGCUUUUUUGGAUAAAAUGGAAGAGGAAGGAUUUGAUCCUGAUAUCGUAACGUAUAAUACUCUGAUUAGUAGCUAUUGUAGGAAAGGAAGGUUAGGAGAUGCGUUUUAUUUGUAUAAGAUCAUGUUUAGGAGGGGGGUUAUGCCGGAUUUAGUUUCGUACACUGCCUUGAUGCACGGUCUUUGUAAACAAGGGAAUGUGAGAGAGGCUCAUCAGCUUUUUCAUCGGAUGGUUCAUAGAGGGUAUUAUCCAGACAUUGUGUCAUAUAAUGCUCUUAUUAAUGGUUAUUGCAAUGAGGGGAAGCUGCCGGAGUGCAAAUCAUUGUUGUAUGAGAUGAUAAAAAAUGGGGUUUAUCCAGAUGAUUUCACUUGUAGGGUAGUCAUCGAAGGAUAUGGCAAAGAAGGCAAGCUGCUAUCUGCAAUGAAUUUCAUAGUGGAGCUUCAAAAAUUUCAAGUGUCUAUUUCUCGUCAUAUUUAUGAUUAUCUCAUAGUUGCAUUGUGUCAAGAAAAUCGGCCGUUUGCAGCUAAAAGUCUAUUAGAAAGAAGUUCUCAAGACGGUUAUUUGCCUGAUCUGGAUAUCUAUAACAAAUUAAUUGAGUCCCUCUGCCAGAGCAAUAAUGUGACCAAGGCACAGGUAUUGAAAGCCGAGAUGGUUUGUAAGAACAUCAAACCCAAUCUUAUCACAUAUAAAGCUCUAAUAAACUGUUUAUGUCUAAUAAACAGAACAGUGGAAGGUGAUUCCUUACUGAAAGAGAUGGUUGAAUCUGGUUUGCCGCCUGAUUCAGAAAUCUGCAGGUCAUUGAUAAAGGGUUACUGCAAAGAAAGGGAUGUUGCUAAAGCAGAAUCAUUGUUAAGGUUCUUUGCCACAGAAUUUCAGGUUUUUGAUUCUGAAAGUUACAAUGAACUUAUCAAAAUUUUCUGUGAGGAUGGUGAUAUGACUAAGUUGUUGGAGUUACAAGAGAGGAUGAUGAAAGUGGGUUUUUCACCAAAUAGCCUUACAUUUAAGUAUGCCGUCCAUGGAUUAUGGAAAACUACCAGACAAGAGAAAGAUAAUCUUCUUCUGGAUUAAACGUACAAACAAGACCAUACAGAAAAAGGAACGAACCUUUUGGGAAUGCGCACUCUUUCAGAGAUUUUAUCUGCACAAGGUGAAGAUUGUCUGAGGAGGGGAAAAGUUGUAGUAAGUAAGACCGAGAAACUGCAGGAUGUGUUUUUGGAGGUGAUCUUUUCUUCAGGGAAAAGAAAAGGAAGUUACCUGGUCCAGCCUUGUCUUUCCUUUACUCCUAAAGGUGUGAACACCCAAGGGAUGUCAAGAAGGAUAUAAAACUAGCAGAAGCGGCUCUUCCUAGAUAUGCUGAAAACAUCGCAGUAGCUGUUGGUGCCCUUUGUGCGGUCUUGCCUCCGUCUGCUCAUACUGUUCAACCAGCUGCUUCAAAAUGUGUAUUGAGCUGGCUGGUCCAGCCUGAGCAUCAACACCGCAAAUGGUCUGCUGCA